CAACCAUAAGAUUACAUGGCUGACAGUUUAAGCUUCGACUUCUCUGAUGUCCCUCAUCCUUGGAAUAACAGCGUGUGCUCCACACUUCCCCAUUGCCCCUGGCAGCAGGUGAACGACUAUGGCCGUGCUUGCACACUGCUGCGGCUCCGUUACCGCGAUGAGCGAUCAGCUCCCGGUGCCUCGUCCCAGCGCUCGGCUGCAAGGGCAUCUGCGGCGACCGAGCCCUGGGCUCUUCCACCAAUCCCAGCACGAGGGUGUGCGCGCGUGGCCGGCGCAUUGGAAGGAGGAAGUCGAGCGGGGAGCGAUGUACAGCUGCAGGGACUCCAAGUGCAGCCUGCACAUGGAGCAGGAACUGCCGGGCUGUGUCUGCCGCCAGCAACCAGGGAUCCAGAGUGCCAGCAGAAUAUGGAAACUGAAGAGGCACAGGACAUUUCCCAGCUGUCAGGUGAGACAGGGAGUAAAGAAGCUCUUUCCAUAAUUGACCAACCAGAACAACUUGAGCAGAUGCCCGUCCCCGAAGAUUUAUCAACCAGUGCUGGGGGCAAAAUCAACCUGCAGGGUGACAAGGUCAUUGCAAAUUCCAUUAAAGUAGAAACUCCAAGUGAUGAAGAGAAUGGAAGAGCCUGUGACACAAAUGGUGAAGAUUGUGCUGAAGACUUGCGCAUGAUAGAUACUUCUGGGACUAAAUUGAAUGGACCACACAAUGGCCAAGGCAACAAAGCAUUUUCUGGAGUUGGUGGCAUUCGACUUCCAAAUGGCAAGCUGAAGUGUGAUAUCUGUGGAAUAAUUUGCAUUGGCCCAAAUGUCCUCAUGGUGCACAAACGUAGCCACACUGGGGAACGCCCCUUCCAAUGCAGUCAAUGUGGUGCAUCUUUUACUCAAAAAGGCAAUCUACUUCGUCACAUUAAGUUGCACUCUGGUGAGAAACCAUUCAAGUGCCAUCUUUGUAACUAUGCCUGUCGUCGUCGAGAUGCACUUUCAGGUCAUCUGCGGACUCAUUCUGUUGGAAAGCCUCAUAAAUGUAGCUAUUGUGGGCGAAGCUACAAGCAACGCAGUUCACUGGAGGAACAUAAAGAACGCUGCCAUAAUUACUUGCAGACCAUGGGAUUGCACGGUGGUAUAUAUUCAGUGAAAGAAGAAAGCAAAUCACAUGAACUAGCUGAAGGAGCGAGCAAGAUUGGAUCAGAAAGAGCUAUGGUACUGGAUAGACUUGCAAGUAAUGUUGCAAAACGUAAAAGUUCAAUGCCACAGAAGUUUGUUGGUGAAAAGACGGUGCAGCUUGGUAUUUCAGAGCUUCAGUGUGACGCUAAUUCAAAUUAUGAAAAGGAAAGUCAGAUGAUGCAGACUCAUGUUUUGGAUCAAGCAAUUAACAAUGCUAUCAAUUAUCUAGGGGCUGAAUCCUUGCGUCCACUUGUGCAAACUCCUGCUGGAAGCUCUGAAGUGAUACCGGUGUUAAGCAACAUGUACCCCAUGCAAAUGACACAUUCAGAUACCCACGGUCAUCCUAACUGUGCCACAACCCAAAAUGGUGCAGUUGAAAAUCUAAUGCUUAUUUCAAAAGCGAAGUCGCAAAUAUCGGAAAGAGAACCAUCUCCAAGCAACAGUUGCCCAGACUCGACAGAUACCGAGAGCAAUAAUGAAGAACGGAACAACCUUAUAUACCUAACCAAUCAUGUAGCUCCUCAGGCAAGAAAUGGAUUGCCAUUGAUAAAAGAAGACCAGAGAUCUUAUGACCUCAUGAGAUCGGGUAUGGAACCUAAUCAAGAAAUCAUCAAAGUGGUUAGUGCUGAUGGAGAACAUAUGAAAGUUUACAAAUGUGAGCACUGCAGGGUACUUUUUCUGGACCAUGUGAUGUUUACAAUACACAUGGGAUGCCAUGGAUUCCGUGACCCUUUUGAAUGCAACAUGUGUGGGUACAGAAGCCAGGAUAGAUAUGAAUUCUCAUCACAUAUAACAAGAGGAGAACAUUGUUUUCACAUGAACUAGUGAAUCAUUUCAGACUCAUAUUUUGACUAUUUUUAAUUUUGUGCGAUUAAUUUUAAUGUGCACAAAAAAACAACAGGAUAAAGAACUCUUGGUUACAUUACCCUUUUGAACUUCAUUUAUUUGUCUGAUCUAAACUGUUUACUGUAAAAUGCGAAGAAUACACUGGACAGUUUCAUGUUUCUCCACAUCUGAAAGAGAAUUCUCAAAAUUGUAUUUAUCAUAAAAUGGCAUUUAAAUUAUUACUUGAUUUCUAUGAUAAAUUGAACUGUAUAUGUGAACAGUUCAGCAGAAACCUCAAAUACAUGGACAGAAAAAUGCUUCAAUUUUUAUUAGUUUGUGAGGUGUAAUUGCUAGAAUUUUUCAACAAUUUGGAGCUUUUCAGUUUAGCAUUCUUUAUAUAUGGAUAAUGUGUGAGUAAUUUAGUGUUGUAAAUUGUAGAAUGAAGCACACAUAUAGUCUUAUUUCUUGGACCAUGGGCUUUUUUGUAUACACUUAUCAGUUAAACUGAGUAUCUUAGUACAUUAAUUACAUGUUAAAAUUCAAUAUUACCUAUAGUAUCUUGACGUUCAUUGCAUAUGCAGAAGUCACACCAAUUCACAUUGGCUACAUUAUUGAAAGUGGUUCCUUAACAAAAAAUGUCACCUUACAUUUGGUGUUUUAAAUGUAUAAGUGUUUAUUAAUGUAAAUCUAUAUUUCGGUGCCGAUAGUGUAUGGUUUAUUUAUUAAGAAAUGUGUUAAGUUUUAAACUGGAUUGAUCAAAAUGAAAUAUUGAUUGGAUAGAUGACACAUUAAAAUGUAUCAACUUUCAGACUCAUCUAAUAGAAGUUACAGUAUGUUGUGCCUAAAUCCCCCUUAAUCUUUAUCCUUUUGAAUAUUUACUCUCUUUUACUGCAGAUUUGAAUCCUGCAUUAAUUUUAAUUUUUAAAGAUAUUAUACCAAAAUAACUGCAUAAAUAUACAUCUCAAAUAUUCCUAACUUGCUUAUUAAGUUUUGAUGAUGAUGUUGCAGCUGCACUAAUUGUUACCAAAUCAUUGACUAUUGAAAAUGGUUGUUUAAUUUUAUCUCCACAAAAUCUCUAAAGGGUUUUGAAUAUCUUUAAUGAAAAUAUUUCUUAAUCGCUUUGCUGUUCAAAAGAACCAGAAAAUAUCUAAAGCCUCAUAUCACUGGUAGAAUAAACUGGCAUUGUGUUGUAUAUCCAGCUAUUGGAGGCCCACAAAGGGUUAAUAAUCAAUAAUGAUUGAAGGGAUCGGAUAUAAUUUGUGACACAAAUAGAACAUAUUGGCAGACCCGAAACCGACAGACAGAAAGAUGGGACAAUUUCAAGUUGUCAGACUGUCUAACCCGAAUGCUCUUUCAACCUGUUUAAUCACAGAGAAUCUCUUAUUUACAGUAACCUCUCCCUAAACUUCAGACCGUUCUAUAUGCAAAAUAAUGAAAACUGAAUAGAGU